UGUACUUCUUGUCUUUUUGGUUAAUUGCCGUUUUUUUCCAGCGGCGGGCAGAAAGCGGGCAAGGAGAGGAGCAGAGAAUAGCAACCCUCCGAAUCCCGCAGGCCUGAGGGGCGAGAGCCGUGUGGGUUUUUCCCCAGAACAAGCCCAGAAAUGCUCCCCAGGCAAAGCGGAGCUGGCGGGAGACGGAAAUUCCAUCAGCAUCCGCUGCGCUCAGUGCAUUCCGUCAGGCAGGCGAUCCCAGGGGCGGCGGGGGCGCUCCUUGGGCAGAGCCCUCCUUGUCCGGCCGCCCUUGUGCCGGCGGGUCCCUUCUGAGGGCCUGAGACAGCUCGGGAUCGCUUUUCAGGAGAGAUCCCCGCGGACCUUCCCUUUGAAAUGAAUGAAUUAGCCCCACUGUCUUCUCUUAUCUAAAACCACGGGUAUCAUUUCUGUGAGACAAUGCAGGGCUUGGCUGUUCGGGCUGUUUUCCUGUGCUUUUGAGGCCAGUGGAAAGUUUCCACCGUGCCUAUAGCUGUGGUCCUGCAUCCCUCCUCAGUCCUGCCCGAGGAUUUGGGAUUGCUCGUUCCUGUCGCCAGGGUUAAUCUGGAUGCGUCGCUGCCACUGGCAACCUGACCUCUGAGUGUUUUUGGGCUUGUUGGAAAAUGAGAGCCCGAGGAAGGAGCUCUGUGCCGAUGGCCGUGGGUGUGGGCAAAUCGCCUUCUGAGGAGUCCCUGAGCGGGCAGGCCGAGGGCGAUGGGCGGUGGGACGGCGCAGACACGGAGACGGAAUUCCCGGAGCCGCCAGGGAGCCUGCACCACCUUCUGGGCACAGAGGAGGCCAAGCCCAGCCAGCGAGGGACAGAGGGGGUGGCAGUGAGCAGGCACGGUCACAAGGCCACUGAUGUCACCCACGGAGGCUCCAGCUGCCACCCAGACGUGUCUUCAGCAUCUGCACCCGGAUUUCCCAGAGCAAGAGCAAACUCCUCAGGGAAAGGGUUGUUGGUGGAUAGAGCUGCUGAUGGUGGCCCUGUGCCUUGUCGAGUUGGCCACUGGUUCCUCUCCUCAGAAGAGCAGCAGGUGAAGGAUUCAGGUGGUUGGUGCCCGGUGUCCAGCCCUGCCAGCUCUGCCGAGGAGAGCAUCCCUGCUGGCAGCCGCCACGAUGCCCACGUUGGCCGUCGGAGGCAAAGUCUGGGAGCUCCGUCCCCGUGUCCCUCCACGGCGGAGCUCCUGCGGCCCCAAACCCCGCCCAGCCCCGAGAGCGCCCUGCGGAGCCGCUCCGUGCUGAGCCUCUCUGCCCUGUCCUCAGAAGGGAGCGGCCCCUCCGAGGAGCCGUGCGGCAGCGUGCCGGGCAGCACGGCUGUGCCCUCUGCGGGCAGCACGGCUGCCCAGGACCUGCGCUGCCCAUGGCGGGAGGAAGGCAGGGCCCUGCAGAGGCGGGAGCCCCCCGGGCCCCUGCUCGGUUACCGCGGCUCCGUGGGGCGCGUCCGGGAGAUCUCCUCCUACCAAGCCGAUUACUGGGCCUGUGCCAUUCCGGAUUCACUGCCCCCAUCUCCGGACCGCAGCUCACCCCACUGGGACCCCCACAAGGAGUACGAGGACUUGCUGGACUAUGCUUACCCACUGAAGCCGAGGUACAAGCUGGGAAGGAUACCAGAGCCUUUCCUCCAUGACUCAGGAAUAGGUCUGGACAGCUUUUCUACUUCUCCUGAGGGCGUGUCCAGGUCCACCAGCAUCUACAGCCGAGCUGGGCAGGCUCGGGGAAGCAGAGAAAACGGACUUUGGGAGUUUGUGGCCUCUGCAGAGAGAUUCUCCACCCCAAGGCCUGGAAAAAGAGCCUGUUCAGGAGCUGUCUCAUGCUUUGAGCCUUCACCUAUUGCCAAAGCAUUAUUUGGAAGGAGUUCUUCCUCUCACCUUUCCAGAGGUUUUGCUAAGGAUGUAAGGGUGGAAUCAUCUGGGCCAAGCUCCCCUGGGUGCCCUGCUGCCGAGGGGAGAAGCUGGGAUACCAGAGGAAGCCCAAACUACACAGGGCAGGUGGAAAGCACCAGGAGGUUUUUACCCACCACAGGAGUGCUCCCCCUGAGGAAGGAGUGGGAGACUGAUGAAGAAUUUCUCUCCCUGCCUCCGAGACUGAAGGAGCUGGAAAGGCUGGCUCAGUUUUUGUCCAAUCUUUCUUUAACUAUAAGGAUGCCUGGGCGUGACCACCACAACCUUCCACACCAGAGCACCAGCAAGGAGCCCCUUUCAUCUAGGCUGGCUCCUUUUGAGGAAGGGAGAGGUGGGGAUGACCGAGGGAAUGCUGAGGGUUAUGCUGGGCUCUGGCGGCACCGCAGCUCCCGAAAGCCCAGCUGGGAAAACACAGAAUCGUGUGGCUGGAGCCACAGGGAUCCUCCCUGCGGGCUUCAUCUGCCAGCUGCUCUCAGGGACACACAGGAUGGGAUCUGCCUGGAUGAACCACGGGUCAAGGGGCAUCCAAAGAAGAGCCAGCAGAGCGAGUCCCUUAUCCAGUGUGUUAAGAUGUUUUGCUGCCAGCUGGAAGAGCUGAUCCACUGGCUGUACAGCGUGGUGGAUGUCACCGGCAGCUGGGUGCCACCCUCGCCAGAUGCCGACAGCGUGUUGGCAUCGCUGCACCACUACCUGGAGUUCAGGAAGGAUGUGGCCGACCACCGGAGCCUGACUGAGAGCGUGCUGGAGAGGGGAGAGGCUCUCCUGGACUGCAUGGCAUCGAAUUCCCCAGCUCUGAAGGACACGCUGGCUCUGAUUGCCAAACAGUCGGAGGAGCUGGAAAGCCACGCAGAGCACCUGUACAAGUCCCUGCUGGCUGCUGUGGGCCCCAUGCGGGGCAGGGACGCGGGGCAGGACACGGGGGAUGCAGCACACGGCUGCUCCCUGGGUGCUGCCUCUGUCAGACCUAGGCUGCCUUAGCCCAUCUCAGGAGGGCUGAGAAGAAUUGCAGCAAGCACCAAACCACCUCCAUCCUCUCCAGAGACGCCAAAAUCUGUGUCCAGUUGCCCACGGGGCCGAUUGCAGCGUGGGUUUGUGCCAUGGCUUAAGAAAGGUGCUCCAUACAGCAGGUGUGCUGGGAUGUCCAGAGUUGUGUAAGGAAUGUACAGCUGGCCUUUUCUGGUUUGUUUUUUUUAAUAGCUUCCCUUUUUUAUUGAAGUGGGCUGUUCUGUGUGAGCAAAAUGUCGGGAAGUUUUUUAACUGAGCAAUCCAUAGUGUGCCGUGCGCUCUCUAAGUAAAGCCGUGUGAUUUUAAUA